GUUUUCUGCCCGCCUAUAUCUGCGAAAUCCGGAAGCACUUGCCUCUGUUGGGCUGCGGAGACAAUGUGUGUUGGGAAGCAAGGGAGUGAAUUCGAAUUUAUUGCGAGGGCUAGGUUUUGUCAUUGUUUUGGGGACCUAAGCAAGCAAUUAAUUCGUUUCUUGCACCGUCCACUGUUUAGUUCAGUGCUUUUGACUUUGAAUUUCUUGGAACUGGCAAUAUAGCGAGCUAAAUUUGAUCCGAAAACGUUUUUGUUUUUCGUUUGUUUGUUCGUUUUGCCCUAUUUCUUGGAACUGGUUGCUCCAGUUGAUGGCAUUUGGAGAAGAGAUGAAAUUUGCAUUUUCCAUUUUGUUUUCCUUGACCUGCGUGGCAUGCUUCCAAAUUUGAAUUGACAAUUUUUGCACGUUUUUGUUGUUCAGGCAGAUGGAAUAUAAGGAGGACAAGGAUUUCUAUCACAGCCUUCCAAAGAAAGAACUUCAAGAUCUGUGCAAGAGAUAUGGCUUGUACCCAUAUACAACAAAAUUCAAUUUAGUGAAUUCACUUUACUCUUACUUAAAGGAGAAUAAUCUGAGAUCAAUAUCCCCUAGUGGAGACUCAGCUGUACAUUCUACUUCUGUGAUGCCUAUUCUGAAGUCUAGACCAGAGUCAGAAAAUAUGGUGCAUGAUCCAAAAGACACCUAUGCGAACAGCAAUUUUCCCUGGGAGAAGUACAAUAGAAUGAGCAAUUCUGAAACUGUUAGGUGCAAUAAACAAGGAAGUUCCAAGGAAGCUGGAAGUUGUAGCAAGGCACCCGGUGUUAAAGUUGUUCAAGGCUCAGAAAAUUUUUCAUUUGACAUUCCACAAGAUUCUGGCUUAAACAAGAAAAAGGAAGCAACAUGUUCACAAAAUGAAGUUGGAAACAGUGCUAAUGAUUUUGGCCAUAGAAUGAACUUUCUAAGCACUAGCUUUGAUGAUAAUAAUUUGUCUUGUCCAAGAGAAGUAGGGCUAAACCAUGCAAACCAGGUUUGCUGUGGGAGUCCAAAUCGAGGUGCAUAUCUAACAGAAAUUGGUUCUUCCUUUGUGAAAUCUUCAAAGGGCAUUCCUUCCUAUGAGUAUCAUGUCAGUUCAGAGGAUGGAAUUGACCUUUUUGUUGAUUUGAAUUCAAGCCCAUCAGACUUGCCUAAGAGAUUGUUCAAAAUGGUGUCUGGUGGUCCCAGCAGCAUGCCUGAUGAAAACUUUGGAAGUCUUAGGGAGGAGCUUUUUGGAAGUAGCAGCAAAGAAAUAAAAAAUUCAUCUCUGUGCAAUACAGAUUCAGAGCAUAAAAUGAGUAGUGGCCAUGAAGAAGCUGGAUUUUUGCCAUGUCCAAUUAAUAAACAGAGUGGUCUGGUUGUGGUUGAUAACACUUGUGGAGUUGAUGGUCUGGAAAUGUCUCCACAGUUAGAUGAAACUGAAAAAUUUCCACUCUUAUCUCCCAAGUCUGGUGUAGAGACUUAUGUAAUUUCUGGCACAGAAUCUUGCCCAAUGGACAGGGGAAGAGUUCCUAUUGAGCUGUGUGUCAUUGACAAUCCCCAGGUAAAAUCAUCCAGUAAUUCUGUUGUUAAUUCCACUCCUGAAUGUCCAAAAAGUUUCAACUCCCAAAUUCAUCAGAAUACAGUGGUUGGUGAUGAAAACUCUAAUGACCUAACCCUGCAAAACACUUCCAAUUAUGUGAGCUCUUCCCUUGUGUAUCCCGGAUGGUCAUCAAGUGGCUCUAUGGAGAUUCCAUCUUCAGAAGUUGUGAGUCAGCAAAAGGAUGAAUUAUAUUCUCGUUGCACAAAUGGUUGCAUGGAUGUGAUUGAUCCUAUGGUCCAUGUGGAAGCAAUAGAAGAUGAAUUAGCUAAUUCAAGCACGUGUCAAGAUUAUAGGUCUUCAUGUGCUAAUGAAUGGGAAAGGAGUAAGCUCACCAAUGAUAAAGAAACUUCAGAAUCCUUCCAAUCCAACAAGUCAUUAGGGAAAAUGCCAGAGAACGCGGGAGCUGACAAGGUACCAAAUAAAAAGAGACGGCAUUCUGCUAUUCAAGACCGCAAUUGCUGUAGUGAAUGUAAUGCUAUGAAUUUAAGGAGCAGAACGAGACAAUCUGAGAUAAUCCGUCCUAGAAGAUCCAUGCGAUUGGUCUCCAAGGUACUGGUACAUUUAUAGGUCAUAUUGCAACCUGGGACUGGCAAAAGCUACAUGAUCAAAGCUCCAUUUCUUUCCAGUUGCAAAGAAUAUGAAAACUAUGUGUUGAUGGUUGUACUAAAAAAGAAAAACCAAAGAAAGCUACAUUGGUGGUAUUAUUGUUUACACCAACUACAUUUGGUUACAGAACAUGUAAUUGAUGUUCCUGUGGAAUUCUUUGUUACAUUUUCCUAGCAUCUUUAGAUUGCAAAGGAUUCUUUUGCUCAUUGGCAACAAAAUGAAAAUAAGAAUGAUUAGUUUGGUGGCAACAAAAUGAAAUGUUAACCAAAUGUAGUCUAGCCCAUUAGGCCAUUGUAUUAUUUGGUGUUUUGUUGUUGCUAUAUAGCAAACUGUUUGAGGUGCAACAAUCAGACAAAGUAAUUCUCGGCCAAAUUUAUA